AAGAAAACAAAGGGACAAAGUCAUAAAAAGCCAAGAAACGACCAAAAAGAAUGAAGCUAAAAAGUCGCACCAAACCCUAGACAAUCAUCAUUUCCAUUCCACUCCAUUCCAUUCUAUCCCUUUUCUUUUCAUUCUCCCCAUUCAUCAUUUCCCAUUUCCCACCGAAAGUGUUUCUUUUUAUCCCUUUUUUUUAAAAAUUUUUUUGCUUAGUUAUAUUUCCCUACCACCAUAAAGAUAAGCAUGCAGCCACAAAACAUGUCGGAAAGCCUUGACCUCCACCGCUAUUUGGCCGCCGGAACACCAAAUUAUGAUUUCCCGCCGGUGGUUCAUCCGGGCAGUUGUAAUUCUUCUUCUUUUUUCUCCAUGGAUGUGAUUUCUGGCAUCACGGAUGACUUUAGUACUAGUCCUGAAGCUAAAGCUUUUGCGGCUUCUCAGCAGCAUAAAGAGGCGGAGAGAAGACGGAGAGAAAGAAUCAACUCUCAUCUUGAUAGGCUCAGAACCAUCCUGUCCUGUAAUUCCAAAACUGAUAAAGCUUCAUUGCUUGCUAAAGUUGUUCAAAGAGUGAGGGAUCUGAAACAAAAGACCUCAGAAACUCUAUCCCAACUCGAACUCGAAAGUUUCCCUGCAGAAAGCGAUGAAAUCUCAGUGCAGAUAUCAAGUAUUGAUGAUUCUAGCGCAGAUGAUGGAGGAAGAAGGCUACUUAUCAAGGCCUCUUUAUGUUGCGAGGACCGGUCGGAUCUCUUGCCGGAAUUAAUCGAGACGCUCAAAUCACUACAUUUAAGCCCCUUGAGGGCCGAAAUGAUCACAUUGGGUGGGAGGAUAAAGAAUGUGAUUAUCUUAUCUGCAGAUAAAGAUCAUCAUGAUAUAAUUGAUGAAUCAAUUCCAAUAUCGUUGAGAAAUGCGUUGAAGUCACUUGUUCAACGAUCAAAUUACGGUUCUGGAGAAUGUAGGACUAAAAGAAGAAGAGUAUUCGAUCAAGGUAUUGCAAAUUAAGAAACUCGCAUGUUAAUUUAUGGUUUAUUUGGUGCAUUCAUAAUUUGCCGGUAUGUAUUGUUCUUUGAGAUUUAACUUCUCUAAGGUGUGGAUUUGUAACUGUAAUAAUUUGAUUUUUUUUUCUGAAGUUAUUUAGACUCUUGCUAUAUAAUACGAGUUACUCGAAUGUUGUAAGUAAUUAUUAAUUUGUUGUUUGGACUGAUAUCUCUUUUUUUUUUAGUGUAAAUGUGGGAAAAAAAUGAAAAUUUGUCUUUGGAUGUGCUUUGUUGAUAUGUUUUUGCCGUAGUUUACACUCUCUAAAUUGGAUACCAUCAUGAAGAAACUUCAUCAUACUACCUCUUUGUUUUUAUCUCCAUUUAUACUUUUAUAUGUCGUGCUUCAUUUCCAAUGCAUCAUUAAAUAUAAAAGUUUUCAAUUUCACUUUAUCUUUGUACUUGUAAUAAUAUAUAUUAAUGACAGC